GCCAGUUGGCGGGUGGGGGCUCUGGGACUUGUCUGGGACUCCCGCCCGAGGUUCUCGGGAACGUUUCGGAAAGCAAAGCCUGGCGCGAGCAGCGAGCGAGGCGGGGAGCCAACGAUCGCGCAGCGCGCUGCGGGUGGAGCGGAGGCGCCGGGCGGAGCGGGCUCGGAGCCCGGGUCUUCGCGGCUCGGGACCCGGCUCCACUGGCAGCGGGGCGGCGAUGUUCCACUGCAUCCCCCUGUGGCGGUGCAACCGUCAUGUGGAGAGCAUCGACAAGCGCCACUGUUCGCUGGUCUACGUCCCGGAGGAGAUCUACCGCUACGCCCGCAGCCUGGAAGAGCUGCUGCUGGACGCCAACCAGCUCCGCGAGCUGCCGGAGCAAUUUUUCCAGCUAGUCAGAUUACGAAAGCUUGGACUUAGUGAUAACGAAAUUCAGCGGCUCCCUCCAGAAAUAGCAAACUUCAUGCAGCUGGUGGAACUUGACGUGUCUCGAAAUGAUAUUCCUGAAAUUCCAGAAAGCAUCUCAUUCUGUAAAGCACUACAGAUAGCUGACUUCAGCGGAAACCCACUGACUAGAUUGCCAGAGAGCUUUCCUGAAUUACAGAAUUUAACAUGUCUUUCUGUAAAUGACAUCUCACUGCAGUCUCUGCCUGAAAAUAUUGGCAAUCUUUAUAACCUGGCUUCACUGGAACUGAGAGAGAAUCUUCUUACGUAUCUUCCUGAUUCUCUUACCCAGCUACGGAGACUAGAAGAACUUGAUUUAGGAAACAAUGAAAUAUAUAGUUUGCCAGAAUCAAUCGGAGCUCUCGUACAUCUAAAGGAUCUCUGGUUGGAUGGAAAUCAACUGUCAGAAUUACCUCAGGAAAUAGGAAAUCUGAAGAGCCUACUGUGCUUGGAUGUCUCAGAAAACAGGUUGGAAAGACUUCCUGAAGAAAUCAGUGGCCUGACUUCAUUAACAGAUUUAGUCAUUUCCCAGAACUUGUUAGAAACAAUUCCUGAUGGCAUCGGAAAACUAAAGAAACUGUCGAUCUUGAAGGUGGAUCAGAACAGACUCACACAGUUGCCUGAAGCAACUGGAGAUUGUGAAAGCCUCACGGAAUUGGUUCUGACAGAAAAUCGGCUCCUGACCUUACCUAAGAGCAUUGGAAAACUUAAGAAGUUGAGCAACUUGAAUGCAGACAGAAAUAAAUUAGUGUCUUUACCAAAAGAGAUUGGCGGAUGUUGCAGCCUCACUGUGUUCUGCGUGCGUGACAAUAGGUUAACUCGGAUACCUGCAGAGUUGUCACAGGCGACAGAACUUCAUGUCCUGGAUGUGGCAGGGAACAGGUUGCUGCAUCUGCCUUUAUCCCUGACCACCUUGAAGCUGAAGGCUCUUUGGUUAUCUGACAACCAAUCCCAGCCUCUGCUAACGUUCCAGACAGACACAGACCAUACCACAGGGGAGAAGAUUUUAACCUGUGUCUUACUUCCUCAGCUGCCUUCUGAACCUACUUGCCAAGAGAAUCUGCCUCGCUGUGGUGCACUGGAGAGCUUGGUAAAUGACGUCUCCGAUGAAGCCUGGAAUGAGCGUGCAGUAAACAGAGUCAGUGCAAUCCGAUUUCUAGAUGAUGAAAAAGAUGAAGACGACAAUGAAACGAGAACACUUCUAAGGCGAGCCACUCCACACCCAGGGGAGUUAAAGAGCAUGAAAAAGACAGUGGAGAAUUUACGGAAUGACAUGAAUGCUGCUAAAGGACUGGAUUCCAACAAAAACGAGGUCAACCAUGCCAUUGACCGAGUGACCACUUCUGUGUAGCGUUUCACCUCCGAAUUUUACCUCCUGUGUCUUCCCCUGCUGUCAGAGAUGUUCCUGUCUGCUUCCAAGGAGCCUCAUGCAGUCCUUUGUCUUAACCAGAACCUGGCACAUCAUCUCCCCAAGUGGCGUGUUGGGAUGCUGCCCUCUCAAAGGAAGUGCCUUACUCUAAUGCAUCAACCCGUCUUUGCACCAGUGAUCUCCUGGCCCGACUUCUUUUUUUUCAGUUGUUUGUAAUAAGUAGAAUACACUACUGUAAACAUCUGAUCUUUGCUUUUGUCUUCUGUUGGGGAAAGGGAGCAGGAAGGGGAAUUUUUAUCCUCUUCCCUUCCAUAACUGCUGGAACAUUGUGGAUGCCAAGUUCUCUUGGACCUACUGACGAGAGUGUUUUAUGUGUGGGGACGAAAACUGAUAACUUUUUAAACCCUUUUUUGGCAGCUCAGAUGGUGUAAAUUUUAAAAAUUUUGUAUAGGUAUUUCAUAAGAAAAAAUAUGUAUUUCUUUGUUGUUAUUUUAUCAUGGAAACGGUACAUAUUUUUAGUAUUUGUGCAGGAAAAAAAAAUAGUCCUAAAGUAUUUGUUUUUAUUUGUACAUCCACUGUGCCUUACUGUAACCUGUGUCAUGUCAAACCAACUGUAAACAGUGGCAUCUUUGAGCAGUGUGGUACUUUUAAAGCAGUGUUGGAUUUUAGUUAGAAAUCUACCUGAUGGAUUUGUUUUUAACCAAAAAAGAGAAUUACCACUGGUUCGUAAAUUAAUAUCAAUUGAUUUUUUUUUUAAAGUUGAACCAAAGGAUUAAACUACUUAUAUGUCAUUUCUUAAACUGUAGCUUCUCAUGAGUGAGUCUGUUAUAACGAGGGCAGUGUUAGACUGCACACACUCCAAAGUAAGUGCCGUUUAUAAAAUAAAUAGAACAGGAAAGCACACAAAGAGAAAGCUGGUUCAGAAAUCCAGUGGGGAAAUAAAUCAUGUACUGCAAAGGAAAUUAUGAUUUUGACUGAAGAUAGCUUUAAAAGUUUUAUAGCCAGAUAUAAAACCAUAAUAAAGAAAAAUAACCUACGACCCUCAUAAAAAUGUUGGUAUCUUCAUAAGUGCAAUUUUAAUUUGUAAAUAGAAUUUGAAUCAAAGUAUAACAAAAUACUGCUUCAAGAUUUAAUUUUAAAUCUGCUAACUUAAGAGGUAUGGGGGUAUGUUUUGGUGUGAUUCUAUUGAUUUUUUUGUUUUGUUUUUUUGUAUGAUGUGAUAAAAGAGAAAUGAAAAGUCCUAGUCACUACGUGGUGUCUAGGGGAAUCAUGUCAUUUUAUUUUUCCUCCAUGAAAUAAACUCAACCUGGACAUUGGCUGUACAGCUUUUCAAAAUUAAUUAUUACUGUAUAUGUACAGGCAUACCUGUGUGGUGCAGAUGGUUGAGCACUUGGUCACUAGCUGAAAGAGUGGUGGUUUGAAUCCAUCCAGAGGCACCUUGGAAGGAAAGGCCUGGCGAUUCACUUCUGAAAGGUCACAGCCACUGAAAACCCUAUGGAGCAGCUCUGUUUGGAAACACGAGUCUGAAUCGACUCCACGGCAACUGGUUUAUGUAUGUACAAACGAUAGCAGGUAGCCAACUCCUUUGACAAUGCGUUCCUUCUGUUAAAUAUCUUAAACUACUGGUCAGUCUUGAUUUAACCUCCUAUGGGGCUUGCACUCACUUGGCAUUCUCACACGAAGGGCAGGCAUCAGAAUUGCCUUCAACUCUGGCCUGUAAGUUUGGGUUGUGGCUGUCUGGUUAUUUGGAUUCCUUGGAAACCAGUUUUCAGUUAACCAAAUACUAUUUCUGUACAUUUACUUAUUGGGCUCAUUUUGCUUUUUAGGUUGUGUGUGUGUAUAUAUGUUUGUAUUUUUAAAACUAUUUAUUGAGUUGAAAGUACAUGCCAUAUAAGCAGGUUUUGCUGAGUCAGCUUUAUACCUUGUUCCCUAGAAAGCCUCCUUAAUCUAUGGAUAACCCAUUUUCUUUUCUCCUUUUUAAGAUUUGAGUAUACUCUGUUUUGCUUUAAGCCUGUAAAGAUGAUGCCACUAACUCAUGGGCUGAUCAUAGACAAACAAAUUGGUUUUAUUUAAGGUAAGUUCUCUCGACAUCAAAGAACUUGUAGCGUUCUUUUGUAUGUGUAUAUAUAUAAAGCCUACCCUUUGCCACUCAGUUAAUUGUGGGUCCAGUGGGACAGAGGUGGACAGAUUUGUGUUGGUGUGUGUGUUUGAAUUUUUCUAGGAAAUUUUAUGACUUAAUUGUUUCCUUUGGCCUAUCUCCUUUACUUCACAUUCGCCUGAUUGUCUGUAUUGUUUUGUUUUGUUUUGUUUUUUUCCCCAGUUUGGGGUAUUUGUUUUCUUCCUUGAGAAGGAAAAGUUACUUUCAUCACAAGCUCUUACGGUCUGUGACACUGUGAUGCUCUUUAACAUCAGGAUGUUGAUACCAAACUUAGGCUUCAGAAUGGAAACGGCACCAGCCAAACAGUCCCAACUUGAGAACAUACCCAGCCUUUCCGAUGAUGCCUCUCUUAUAGCUAUGAGGAAAAUUUUAUGAGAAAGGAUACCUUUCUCUUGUGAGCCUAGUGCCAAACGUUCCCGAUCUGUUUCUAGGGGAGAGUGCUAUAUGGAAUUGUCAGGAGUCCAUAGCCCCCAGUCUGGCUCUUCUUUAAGAAAGGGAGAAGUACAAAGUAUGGCCAAAGUGUUUGUCUUGUGGGAGUGACAUAUAAAAGCAGCAAAGGAGAUUAGUAUGACCUAUUCACCUGCUUUUUUGUUAGCCUCUUACUUCCUUUUCUUUUUAACAAGGACAUUACUCCUAAGUGGAUAAAAUCACCCAAAUAAUUAGAGGGGGUGAAAUAAUGAAAUCACCGAUGAUGAAAAGGAACAGGUAAGACAUCUAGAAAUGUUUGCUUGGAUGUUCUUUCUUCCCGGAAAAUUUGGAAAAAUGGCCUGACCAACCCAGUCUCCAAACUUACUAGUUAGGUGUCCACAAGGUAAGGAAGCACAGAUAGAAUCACUGGCACCAGCCUCAUCCAGCAGUCUGUAUGCCAUCGCCUGUGAAGUCUGCCACACCCAAGAAGACACUCGUAAUGGUGAGGGUGGAGGCUGGGAAAAAUUCUUUCUUUGUCAGUAAAUUACUCUGAACAGCCAAUCCAAACCUCGUAAAAAUGACCGACACCCCUACUGUGGACACACUGGUUGGAGUGUGGUGAGGCUGGCUGUGCAAACACUUUCUAGUGAGGGACUGUGCACUGGAGAUGCUUAUUAAAAGCAGGCAAUGAGGGAUUUACACUUCCGUGACACCCAUAGAGAGUUGAAAUCUCACUGUAGCAAUUAGUGUUGACUUACCUCAUGCAAUUUUCCAAAGAGCCAAUGUAAAAAAAGAUAAAACAAAAAACAGCAAAACUUUUUAUUAAGAAAAAUUUAAAACAUACAAAAGUAGACUUAUAUAAUGGGCCCCCAUGCACCUGUCACCCAGCUUUUAACAACUACCAACACAAGACCCCAUACUAAGCCAUUUUAAAGAAACCAGAUUAUGUUUUAAAAUACAUAAGAUUCUACAAUGAAAUAAUUUUUAAAACAAUCUCAGGAAGAGCAGAGAGCAAGUAUACCCCUUAAAGUAGCAUUCUGAAGUUAAAAUUUUUUUAAAUAAUUUUUAUUGUGCUUUAAGUGAAAGUUUACAAAUCAAGUCAGUCUCUCACAUAUAAACUUAUAUACACCUUACUACAUACUCACACUCUCCCCCUAAUGAGUCAGCCCAGUCCCUCGUUCCAGUCACUCCUUUCGUGACUGUUUUGCCAUGAAGUUAAAAUUUUUGAGAGUUGUUAGGGAGGUAGGUUUGAAUCCCAACUCUGCUGCGUGGCUUUGGAC